AUCUCGUUUCCGAUUACACCUACCGACCGAUUUCAAUGUCGAGAUCCUAGGGUUUUGAAAUCUCAGUGCUUUCUUUCAGAAUCGAUUCAAACGUCCACUAAUCGCUGAAAUCAGUUCUAGGGUUCACUUUACCUAAUAUAAUUCUAUACAAUCCAGGGGGUUUUCAUUCCACUGGAUUUUUCUCAACUAUGGACCUCGAACAGAAGCAAGAAGAAUACAUCGCCUACUUCGUUAAGCAAGCCUCUUCCCUUAAAGGUUCGUCUCUAGCGGACGUCGUCAUUGAAGCGACUUCUCAUCCAUCACUCUUCGCUUUCUCCGAGAUUCUUGCUGUUCCCAAUGUUACCGAGCUUCAAGGAACCGAAAAAUCUGUUUAUCUUCACUUGCUUCGUCUGUUUGCUCAUGGGACAUGGAGUGACUACAAAGAUAAUGCUGGUCAGCUUCCAGCGUUGGUACCUGACCAAAUCCUCAAACUUAAGCAACUUACUGUGCUUACAUUGGCUGAGUCCACUAAGGUUUUGCCUUAUGAUGUGCUGAUGCAGGAGCUAGAUGUUUCAAAUGUGCGGGAACUAGAAGAUUUUCUUAUCAAUGAGUGCAUGUAUGCUGGUAUAGUAAGAGGAAAGCUGGAUCAAUUGCGAAGAUGCUUUGAGGUUCAAUUUGCAGCAGGAAGGGAUUUAAGACCAGUGCAAGUGGAUACAAUGAUAGAAACAUUAGCUAACUGGUUGAAUACGUCAGAUGAGCUUCUUGUAUCGAUCCAUGAUAAGAUAAGAUGGGCAGACAGCAUGAGUGAUUUGGACAGGAAACAUAAGAAAGAAGUGGAAGAGAAAGUUGAGGAUGUAAAAAAAGUACUCUCCAUAAAGGUCAGGUUGCGAUAUAGUCUUACUUACGUUGUGGCAGAAGUUGCACACUAUGAGCAGGCAGACGUUGACUUACGAGGGGGGCAUGAAGAGAUCUUCUCUGGACCUUCUGGAGUGAUGGACUUUGAGGAAGAACGCAGCCGACCUAAGAGGAGGCGCCAUCCGAUUCCUUGAAAGAACAAGAGUGGAGAUCAACAAAUGGGGGGUGGGGGCGUGAUCUUCUUGUUCUUCGUCCUCCUGCUGAGCCAGCCAUGUGCUGGCAAUCAGAAACUCUUUUAUUUUUCUCCAUGUUUGGAGAUUUGAUUUGAUUACUAGUGGAUCUUUUUAGUAGCAAAUUCCCCAGAAUUUCUUCCUCUUUUUAUCCAAUCUAUUUGUAGUGUUGUUAGUUACUGGAAGACCCAUAGAAGAAGAAAAUUACAGUAUUCAUUUAUUUGUUGCA